UCGCGUUAGUCUCCUAGCAGCCAUAGCUCAUCAUGAGAAGGCCGCUUAAUGGUCUUAAUGGGACGAGGAUAUGAAAUUCAAGAAGCAAAACCUGUGGAGAUCGAGAUGGGAAAUGAGAGCAAGAGCAAUUUGGGAGGAGGAUUUAGGGCAAAGAUGGAGCACUAUGUCUACAGUGGGGAGAAGAAGCACGUUUUGGCUGGGAUCGGGAUUAUCUCCAUCAUCUUCGGAAUCCCCUGGUAUCUAAUGAAUCAAGGAUCAAAGCAUCGAUCUCACCAAGAUUACUUGGAAAAAGCCGAUCAAGCUCGAAAAGCUCGUCUCUCAUCAUCUUCAUCCUCGGAUAAGUAGUCAUCUCCCCCACUUGGAAUCCUUUUUGGAGACUCUAGUCAACUACAUUCUGUGAAUGAUCCAUACAUUGUUUUCCAUGUCUUCAAACUCAGUAAUGUCUCUGUGGUUGAGUUCAGAUAUGUAUUUUUACACUCUACUCUGAGGUUUCUAUAUCGAAGAUAAUGAGAUGGUUGUAAAUUUGCGAUACGUUAAAUGCUGUUUCUUCUUGUAAA